CAGUGGGACACAGAGCCAGACCGCCCGUACAACAGCAGAAGAAUAAAAGAAGAAGAAGAAGGUACGAUACCCACCGUAGUGAAACCUUGCAGCUCCAGCCCUCCUCAUAAUCGAUGCACACCUGUCAGUUGCGGCCAUGAGCGAGCUGGAAGUGCCCAUGGGGUCGCCCACGCCGGCUGCCUCGGAGCAACUGCAGGCGGACGGGGGGGGCAUGGACUACCGGGACUGGGUGCGGCGCAGCUACCUGGAGCUGGUGAGCUCCAACCACCACUCGGUGCAGGCCCUGUCCUGGAGGAAGCUCUACCUGAGCAGGGCCAAGCUCAAGGCCUCCAGCCGGACCUCUGCGCUGCUGUCGGGCUUCGCCAUGGUGGCCAUGGUGGAGGUUGAGCUGGACUUUGAGUACGACUACCCCCGGCCGCUCCUGGUGGCCUUCAGCGUGUGCACCACGGUGCUGGUGGCGGUGCACCUCUUCGCCCUCCUCAUCAGCACCUGCAUCCUCCCCAACGUGGAGGCCGUCAGCAACAUCCACAACCUCAACUCGGUCAGCGAGUCCCCGCACGUGCGCAUGCACGUGUACAUCGAGCUGGCCUGGGGCUUCUCCACGGCGCUGGGCAUCCUGCUCUUCCUGGCCGAGGUGGUGCUCCUGUGCUGGAUGAAGUUCCUGCCGGUGGACGCCGUCAGGGCGAAGACGCCCCUGGCCGCCGUCAACUGCUGCCGGGUCCCGGACCCCGGUGGCGGGGGGACCGGGACCACCGCCGCCGCCGCCACCGCCAGCCCCACCACCGCCGGCAGCAGGGCGGCGGACGCCAGCGGCUGGUACGCGGCCAUGGCCUCCACCAUCAUCAUGGUGCCCGUGGGGGUGGUCUUCAUGGUGUUCGCUGUGCACUUCUACCGCUCGCUGGUGCGCCACAAGACGGAGCGCCACCACCAGGAGAUCGAGGAGCUGCACAAGAUCAAGGUGCAGCUGGACGGCCACGAGAGGGGCCUGCAGGUGGUGUGACCGCCGCCACGCCCCCACGCUCGUGACGGCCACGCCCCCGCGCUCGUGACGGCCACGCCCCCGCGCUCGUGACGGACACGCCCCCACGCUCGUGACGGACACGCCCCCACGCUCGUGACGGCCACGCCCCCACGCUGGUGUUUACCUAUCUUACUCUUCUUCUAGAUGACAUUCGGUCUAGACUGUACUAGAUACUAUCGGCACUUGGAUUGUUUUAGAGAUACUGCUUACAGUAGGAAAAAGCCAUCACCUAUUUAUUAAGCAGAAGACGAGUCGUUGCUCUGUGGAAUAGACUGCGUCCCUAGUUUUGUUUCAUGAGUUGAUUUGACUCGUUCUUCUGAUUUACGUGUGCAUUGAUUUACAUUGCAGCAUGUCGCAGAAUCGAAUGCUCUACAAUGCUUUAUGACUCAUUUUUGGCUAGCUAUAGAGUGGAAGCCCUUUUUAAGGUGUCCUUCUGUGGCUUUUUAGGAACCACUUUAAAGACCGGCCAUACCAUGUUUGCAAGCCUGCUGUCAUGUGAAGGUCAAUGUCUUACGAGGCUUGUCUCAGUUCUAAGUGCUCUCCACUAAGACUAAGAAAACUCCCAAUCCCCCCCACCCCAUACCAUUGUGGCUUAGCCCCGACGAAUGUACCGAUUUUCUUUAGUUUUUUUAAGACAAUGCUUUUUCACCGAUAUUUGGGGCUUACCAGGAUCCGUCUGUAGUAGGCAGACGAAUCCUGGGACAGUAGGGGAUUGAUAUAGAAUAAACUUUGAAACGAGUCGUUCCAAUUUUAGCCAUGGGACUUCACUGGGCUUGGAACACGUGUGUGGGUACUGUCUAGUUACUUACCAUAAAAAAAAAUAUGGUGAUGCUCAUCAAUGCCAAAAUGAGUUUUGUACUUUAAAUAUGCUUCUUUUCAUGUGUAACCUAAAACUUAACUGUUAAACUCAGAAUACGUUUACUGUGUGAUUAAGGCAGGUUUCUGGACCAAGACAGCUUGUAUACUUUGGGUCAAACUGGUGUCCCACGCCAUCCGAGAUCGCCGCCUAUAACUGUUGCCUUGACCUAAAUGGCGGUGCCUGCUAAGUGUGUAUUUGUUUAUGCAAAUUGUGUCACACGUGGCCAUAAUUUGUAUGAGUGAUUUUGUUUCUGCACAGGUCGAUCCUGUUUUGACACGGAAAAAAAAACAUCCUGCAACAAAGAGCUUAAGAAAAAUGUCUUAAUAAAAGUCACGGGUCUGCAUUCUUCA